AGGAGAGGUAUCAACUUUAUGGUUUAGUCAGUUAUUAUUGUCUUGGAAAAAUAUUUACUUCUAAAUAUAUUAAAUUAGAAGGUCACAGAGUAGGCAUGCCCUCUAAAGGAGAAGGCCGGUACUCGUCACAUUCCUGCUGCAGCUCAUCCUGUUUCAAAAUCUAUGUGUGCUCCAACCCAGAAGACAGCAUAAUCGAGCGGAGAGCUCUCAGGGAGAAAGUGCUUCCCAGGUUUAGAGAGCACUGUAGGAACUUACUGGCACUAGAUGUCAGGCUGAUUGAUCCAUUUGAGUCCAGUGAUCCUAAGUGUUGGCCAGAUGCAAACACCAGGCAGCAGCUUAUUGAGGAGUGCAGAAAGAACUCAGCAGGACCCUUUUUACUGGCUCUGGUGGGACACCAGUAUGGAUCAGCCGCUCUGCCCUCCCAGGUGGAGGUGUCAGAGUACCAGCUGCUGCUACAGGCAUGCCAGCAGGUGGGUGUCUGCACCCAACAGCUGGAGAGGGUGUACCAGAGAGACGAGAACGCAGUUCCUCCCUCCUACCGCCAGACAGCUUCUGUGGAAUCCGCCGGCAGCCUUCUGGGAGAAGAGAUUAAGAAGAUGCAGAACAGAGAAGAUUUUAGGAAGGUGUUGCAGAAAGCUGUGAGUCUGUGUGAACAGAACAGACUUAUAACUGCAGAGAGAGCCCAUGCCUUCUACAGAUCAGCUCUGGAUACAGAUCUUCGAUUUGCUCUGGAAAACUGCCCCGUUCAGGACAUCGCCAACAGAUGCAUGAUCUAUGUCCACAAGGUCGUCAAUGCAGACGGAGAGAGGGGAAAAACUCAGAGAAAUUCAGAGCUGCAGCCAGAGUUAAAGGCAGACCCCUUUGAGCAGAGUGUCCCCACACCUUCUGAGUUAUUAUCACAGCUAUGUGAUGUCUUCCUCCCUGCUCUCCUCUCCUCCCACCAACUUCUCCUCUACUCCACGACCACUGAGUGCGACCGCCGGCACGGCUACACCACAGCCAGGAGGCGAGCCUACGCAGACGCUCUGUGCCAGCAGGUUUUCUCUGACCUCAUGGCAAUGACUGACAGCAGCAACGUUUGUCGGCUCAGAGGAAAAGCUUCUGUUAUUGAUGCUCCGUCCAGAGAGUGGGCCCAACAGGAGCAUCUGUGCAGCAUCCUGGCUCAGUUUUAUAGCAUUAUUCAACCAGAGGAGGAAGAGAUAAGAGCUUAUGUGAAACAGAUUGAUCAACAGAACCCACUAGUGGUGACUGGAGGUCCAUGCACUGGGAAGACUGUGUUGGUCGCUCACUGCGCUCAGCAGAUGAAGGCCUGGCUAUCAGCCUGCGAUCCAGUGGUGAUCUGUUAUUUUUGUAGCCUUUCAGUCGACACAUCUCCCUGGUAUCUGCUUUCCAGACUCUGUUAUCAAAUCGUUCACAGAUAUGAGGAGCAUUUCACCGAACUAGAACCUGACUCCUACAUCUGCAGGAGCCCAGAUAAGUGCAGCUACAACACCGGUCAUGAUCCCACCAGUGAUUGCUCUCAAAGUCAACAUGUCUGUGAUGGUGACCCUUCUGCUCCUCAAGAACUUCAUUCCAACUUCAUAAAAGUGGGUGUUUCUCUGUUUGAACUUGAAGGACAUCUUGCGUCUCUUCUCACCCAGCUUCCCUCCUCGGAGCAUCCUCUUAUUCUCAUCCUCGAUGGCUUGGAUCAACUGGAAAACAACGUUGGUUCUCAGAUCAUCGGCAGCCUCCCGUCCCACCUACCUGAUGCCGUCAAACUCAUCAUCACCGUCUCCUCCAAAAGAACAGGUCUCCUGCAGGCCAUCAAAUCACACUACUCCCAACUUGGUGGUCUUCCAUGCUCUGUAUCUAGCAGCAGAGAGGAGGAGGCUGGAUAUGCUUGUAUACAGCUCCAAUCUGUGGACAGAAAACAGUGCAUCAAGCUUUUGGAAUCGCUGCUGAGCUGUUCAGGGAGAAGGGUUACUUCUGGACAACAAGCACUGGUGAACCAAGCUCUGAGCUCCUGCCGUCUGCCUCUUUAUGCUCGACUGCUGCAUGCACUCACGUCACUGUGGCACUCUGGUAGGACUGAAACUAAGAGCAUAAGCUGCUACAAUUCAGAUGUGAACGAGUCGUCUCUCCCGGACAGCGUCCAUUCGUCCAUUUCCGCUCUCUUGGAGCACUUGGAACAGAAACACGGCUCAUCCCUGGUGGCUCGUGCGGUCUCUUACGUCUCGCUCUCCAGGACCGGACUCAGUGAGACCGAGCUUGUGGAUCUGCUGUCCCAUGAUCAUCCUGAAUGUGAAGGAAAAAUUUCACAGGUCGAUGUAGAGAGACUGUUAAUAGAUUUGAAAAACUUCCUCAUCCGACGGCCGAUGGCCGAUUCCCAGGUUCUGUUUUGGGUGAGCCGACAUUUCAAGCUGGUGGGGACCAAGAAGUACCUGAGCACCCAUGAAGCGAGGAAGAAGAUCCAUUCAGAGAUGGUGGACUAUUUCAGUGGGAGACGGGCUGUUGGAAAUGAAAAACCUUUUGUUGUAAAUUGUGCAUCUGAAGCACAAAAUGAAUCAGAGAGCCAGCCGUUUAUUUUCUCUGUUACUGAAGACGUUUGUUGGGUAAACAUGAGAAAGAUCCUAGAGUUGCCACAUCAUUUGCAACAAAGUGGCUGCUUGGAAGAAAUGGAAGAAGGGUUGUUGAUGUCCUUAGGAUUUCACCAAGCUAUGCUUCGAGCUGGCCUGCUCAGUGAUCUAGUAACCAUGUUGGAGGCUGAUGAAGGCUCUACAAAGUUUUUAAGAGAAAGAUGGCUGGUAGCAAGCAUAUUGAAGUCCUCUGCUUGCUUCCUUCAUAGCUCACCCCCGCAGCUGCCUACAGUGAUGGAGUCAAGCCUCCUUCCUUACCUUGAUGUAUUUCCUGCCUUUGAGAGAUAUAUCAGAGAGAUCCAACUAGACAGGAGGAAAAAGCGAAAAGGAGUAGGAUUGGUUCUUUCAUCCAGUUCCGGCUCUGUUCUUCCCAUUCGCUGUCUAGGACCAAAUCCUAAAAACAAAACAAUCAGUGUUGCGGAAACUGUGUGUACAGAAUGUGGGGUUGUGGCAGAGAUCAUAGAGGAUGGUUCUGCCUGGAUUUGGAAAGGCUUGACUUGUGAUGUAGUCAAGUUGUCACUUAGCCUGAAGCAGCAGGAGGUGAAGUUUGCAGGAGUCAAAAGUAGCUCUCAAUUUCUACUGCUGUCAACUCAAUGCAAAAAGCUCUUUGUGUGGGAUGUGGAAGAUCCAGAGAGGCUUACAGAGGUGAAGGAAUCACUGAAAACAGAGUCUGAGUCGAAUCAAACUCAGAGUAUGGUUGAAGGAUUUGUGUCAUGUGAGGAAAAGUUAUGCAUAUGGUGGAAAAAGGAGAGGUAUUUCAGCGUGUUUGACAUAUCCAGCAAUACCUUGGCUCAUUUUCAGUGUCAGAGCUCUGUGAUGUGUUUGGUUGCUUCCUUUAAUAGUUUCAGCGUUUACUGUGGACAGGCAGACGGAACAGUGUCAAUAUUUGACUUGACCACCGGCAAUCUUCUUGGCUGCUGUUUAAACUCAGCCCACAGGGCAGUUAUACAGGUAAUCCUCUGUGAAGAGGAGCAAGAGAUGGUAUGCGUGGACGAGAACGGGAGCUUAGCCUUAUGGGACAUUGCUGACAAAGAACAACCACCAAUACUUAUCAGAGAAAACUUCGAUCAUUGUAAACCCUCCAGUGUUCUCAACACAGAUUUUUCCAAAGCUGCCAACACUCUGUUGGUGUGUCAAAGUCAGCAGGUGACGUUGUGGAACAUGUGUAACUGGGAGAUGUGUGACCAGUUCUUGGCUCCUCAAGGGAAAUCCUUCACUAAAGCAGUACUUUCCCUGGAUGGACAUCUUUUCCUAGCUUUGCUGGACCAUUACCCACUCAUCUUAGUGUGGAGGGUCAGCACCGGUGAGUGUGUCCUCUCUUUACAAACCAACACACAGCCCCUCACGCUACUUAGAACAGCCUCAGAUAUUAUUUGUGUGAGUCAGAAUGGAUGCUUGACUGUCUGGGAUGCAGAAAUGAUCAAUUCUGCAGGUACAGCAACCAGAAUGAGGAGUGGAGUUAAAGGUGUGGUGGUGGAUCAAACAGGAAAGUCCUUCUACACCACAGAUGGGUUAGAGAAUGUGUGGAAAUGGAGUUUAGAUGCUUCAUUUCCAAAAUAUUCCUUUGUCCAUGAAGGCCCUGUGGAAAAGAUGGAGCUUUCUCCAAACGGCAGCUUCCUUCUCUCCCUCUCAGGGGAGGAGAUUUACAUCUGGCAGACUGAAACGGGUGAGAAUAUUGCCCGGAUCAGUGGCGGUGGGGCUGCAGAUGUACUGAUCACUCCUAAUAGCAAGUUUGGAGUCAGCAUAUCCAAACAUGGCCUAUCCCAUGUUUGGAAACUUCCAUGUGGAGGUAUUGUAUGCAGCAUUCACCAGUAUCUGUCAGAUGCUCAGGUAUCAGCUGAGGGGACGUUUCUGGUUGGCCUCCAUCAUGGAGACCUGCUGGCUGCAAGCCUGUGGUCUGGUUCCAUCAGCAAACGCUUCUCCUGCACGGAGAACUCAGAGUAUGUUGUCACUUUCCACACCCUUUUAGAUCACCCAGACUUUGUGGUUGUGCUGACUGCCUCUGGAGCGGUGUACACCUGGAAGCUGUCAGAGGAGACAGUAUGCCGGCACUUCCAGCUGCCAGAUACCUUUCACUGUCAACCACAAGACUUCCAAAUGUCACCUAAUGGGAGCUAUGCACUGCUGUCCACUGAUAACAACUCUAUCAACGUCUUAGACCUAUCUCGAGUCAGGCUGUGCUCCUUUAAAGUUGAAGGUCCUGUCAUUAAGGCUUGCUUGGACAAAACGGGGUGCUACAUGGUGUAUGUUUGCAACCCGGGCAGUCAAGAGAAGAGCUGUGCUUGUGACCUGCACUCAAAGUUUGUCCUCACAGUUGUGCGCCUCUCGGACAGGGAAAGAAUAGGAAGAGUAUGUCUUCAUAAAAAUCCAUCGACUAUGACAGUCAGCAAGCAGCAAGGUGUGUUUGUGGGUUUUAUUGAUGGGUCUGUGGGCGUGUUCUCCAUUUUAGAUGCUGAUAAAAGUGUGGAGGAGUUAGUCCUGGACCUGGAGAAUAUAAAAGGCGAAGAGACAAAAUGUCCCUUUGACAGAGAACCUUUGAGCUGUUAUUUUCUCCCCAAACCCAAUAUGAGAUGGGCUUGAGCUUUUUACAUCUUCCCAUACAAUGCAUGCAGAACAGGCAGAGAGAAAUUUUCAGAAUAAUCUGUUUUUGCUUUUAUCUGGUUCUGAAAUUACCCGCCAGUCCUUGGUUUGAGGCCUUCCAUGAUGGUGUGUUUCUCAAAUGGGAAACUACUUCCAGAAGAGACUCAUGACAAUGAGAGAAGGAGAGAGCUUGUGAUUCGAUUCCUUUGUCCCCAAGCACAGUCUUGGGGGCAGGGUCACAUGCCUAUAGGAGUGUCUCUUGUGACAGUGUCCUUAAAUCAGAGAAGGGAAUCAAACAGCAGAGCAAAACUGCAUCCUCCUUCAGCAAAAUUUAAGGUUUAAUAUAAUUAAUGGCUCAAGAUAAUACCUCCACCCCUGUCAGGGCCGUAACUCCAAUUGACGACACCAAGGUCAUGUCCUGAGUAUUUUAUUAACCUAUUUAUUGCUUAAAUUCUGAUAUCUUUGUCUCCCACUAAACUGUGAGAUGUUUUAAAUUUGA